AUGGGUCUCGGUAUUCUCGAAUCCAAGACCUUGGACCAUGUGCCAGGGACGACGCGCUACUUCGACGAUCCGAGUCGCCCCCGGACCGCGACCAGUGCCCACCAUGGAUUGAAAGUCGAUUCGAGCGCCCACGAGCCCAUUAUACUUCUUCUCUACCAGAUCCCCCAACCCUCCGACGACCCGAACGAUCCCCUCAACUGGCCCCUAUGGAAGCGAGACCUCAUCACUUUCGUCCUGUCCCUCACAGCCAUCUUUGCGACCGCCCUUGGGCCGAUCCUUGCCGCCAACACCGUGACGAUCGCUCUGCUCUUCCGCACCAGCUUCACCCACAUCGCUCUUCUCACCGGAUACUUUCUUCUCGGAGUCGGUGCCGCAGCCAUCUUCUUCGUGCCCUCUGCACGUGUCUGGGGCAAGCGCCAUCUCUUUAUCGUUGGAACAUGCAUCCUCAUCGCAUCCUCCGCUUGGGCCGGCGCUGUCGGCACCAGCUACAACUCGCUUCUGGCUGCUCGCAUCGUUCAGGGCAUUGGUUGCACUCCGUUUGAAACCCUCGUUAACGCCGCCGUUGGUGACUUGUACUUCGUCCAUCAGCGUGGCUCGCGCAUGGCGUUCACGAACUUGGCUGUGUUUGGUGGCGCCUUCUUCACACCCAUUGUCGUCGGCAAGAUCACUCACAGUAUCGGCUGGUGGUGGACCUUUUACUUCGAGGCGAUUUUCUGCGCCAUCAUGCUUCCUGCCGUCUUCUUUCUCUGCCCGGAGACGUCGUACCGCCGGGACGCCGCGCUCAACACAGACAUGGCUGCAGAAUCCAUCGAACUCGUCAACAAGCCUAGCUCCUUCAAUGACGGCCCCAGCAGCAGUCCAGGCGACGACCACGAGAAGUUGACCGCCGGUGCAUCCACAAAUUCCCCCGGGCUGGAGCCUAGCCGAGGAGCCCACACACCCAAGAAGACGUUUGUCCAGUCGCUCGCUCUCUUCGACGGCCGCAAGACGGACGAGGGCUACUGGAAACUUCUUCUGCGUCCGUUCCCGUUGUUUGUUCAACCCGCCUUCCUGUGGGGAUGUUUGAUCCAGGGCACCAUGAUCGGCUGGACAGUCUUCAUCGGCGUCAUUGUAGCCGCCAUUUUCUUGGGUCCGCCUUACUACUGGAACGAGGUUUAUGCCGGCUACGCCUAUGUUGGCGCCUUUGUAGGGGCUCUUGUCGGAUUCAUCAUUGCCGGUAUUUUCGCCGACUGGAGUGCCAGCUUCAUGACCCGCCGCAACGGUGGUAUCUAUGAGCCCGAGUUCCGCAUCGUCAUGGUUCUUCCUAUGUUUGUUGUCGGCGGUAUGGGCCUGUACGGCUUCGCAAUCACUUCCGCUGGCCUGGCCACAAGGGAAUAUCACUACAGCAUCCCGCUCAUUUUCUUCGGUCUCGAGGUCGCCGGCAUGGUUAUUGGUGCUGUCGCGAGUUCUUUGUAUAUUGUCGACGCCUAUCGUGAUCUCGCCAUCGAGGGCUUCACCGUCAUGAUCAUCUUCAAGAACAUCUUCAGUUUCGGUCUGACGUACAGCGCUUACGACUGGAUCAUCGCGGGUGGUAUUAAGCCCACCAUGAUCGCAAUUUCAAGUAUCCAGGUGGUAGUCUGCGCUCUCAGCAUCCCAAUGUACAUAUACGGCAAACGUGUUCGCGCCUAUUUCUACCAGCACGAUCUGCUCAAGAUUACUGGCCUACGAUGA